UCCAGCUGCUGCGGUGGCAGGACAGCUUGGCCGUCUUGCAGCCGCUGUUUGCUUGCAUCUUCUCUAAGCUGCGGCGUCUCUCCCCACGCCACUCCACCCCAAGAUGGCAAAGAAGACGUGCUUGGUCAUUGCAAUGCUGUUCUGGACGGUCUGGGGUGAUCUAAGUGGAACCAAGAGUCUAGACUGUAACUCUUUCAAUGAAUCUUUUGUCCCCCCACGCUCCUGGAUCCCUUACAACAUCUCUGUUUCACAAAGGACUUUUAAGCCACAUGAUAAAAUCACAGUAACUCUACAGGUUACCAGUGGCACUGGAUUCAAUGGGUUCCUGCUCCAGGCCCAAGGCCCUGAUGGGACUGCUCCUUUUGGUACUUUUCAAAUCACAGAUAGAAAUACACAAGGGCUCACGUGUAGAAAUACUGAGAACUCUUUAGUAAGCCACAGGGACAGCAGCAAUAAGCAGUCAAUCCAAACAGUUUGGAUAGCACCUCCUGAAAGUGGAACUGUUCAAUUCAGAGCAAUUGUAUUUCAAGAUUUGGAUGAAACUGAAGUUAAUAUUAGAAGCCAGACUUUCCAAACUUUGACAGGAUCAACUAAGGUUCUACAAUCAAUGAGUUCCACCGAAUGUGGUAAAAGCAAGUUUUGUUUCAGCGAUCCAGAGAACUGUGACCCCACAGACGCAGAUUGCAUGUUCAUGUCUUCUGAGUUGCUGAGCGAUCGAAAUUUCAGAUUUGAAAUGAGCAGCCGUUCUGAGGGUUAUGUUGCCAUUGGGUUUUCCAGUGAUACUUUAAUGGGGAAUGAUGAUGUUUAUAUCUGCUUGGUGAAUGAUACUGGAUCAACAGUAGCAGUACAACAUGCCUUAACAACUGGCCGAACGCGUCCAACUAUUUUACCCCUGGGUAACGUGAGCAAUAUAGAGACAUCUUACAAUGAUAGUGUCAUCAAAUGCAGUUUCAUCACCAACAAUUCCAUAUCAAUUGAACAAAGUGAAUCCGAUAGCCUCUAUUAUAUUUUUCUGACUGUGGGACCAGUUCAGAAUGGAGCUAUACGAAAACAUCCUAAUACUCCUUUAAUAACGUCUCAGAAAGUAAACAUCUCCCAACCAUCACAAGCAGGAGGUACUUCAUCUAGACCAAUUCUUAUUAAAGUUCAUGGUUCCAUGAUGCUUAUUGCCUGGGUGACAGUAGGAAGUGUAGGCAUGGUCUUCGCCCGGUUCUGGAAAGGUGUGAUGGUAAAACAAGUUCUUGGCAAAGAUCUCUGGUUCCAGGUCCACAGAUCUCUGAUGACAUUAACAGUGGUAUCCACAAUGAUAGCCUUUAUACUGCCUUUUAUACAAGCCCAAGGAUGGAGUGGCAACUGGCCUCAUCCUAUUAUGGGAUGUGUUGUAAUGUCACUGGCUUUCCUUCAACCAGUGGUUGCUCUCUUUCGACCUCUACCUCAUCACAAAAGGAGAUUUAUCUUUAAUUGGUUCCAUGCUCUAACUGGUUUUGCAUUAAGGGUUUUAUCAGAUGCUACUAUAUUUCUAGGAUUUCGGAUGAUUGAUGAGUCUUCAAAUGGAUGGAUGAAAAAAGUGAUGGGAGGAUUAAUUGGCUGGGGAAUAUUAAGAGAUGUGCUGUUCUAUGUAAAUGUUUAUUUCUGGAAGAAAGAUGGUGGUAACCCAAAAGGAAAGAUAAGAAAUGAAAAAAUUCUGCUAAUAGCUUACUUGUGUGGAAACCUCAUGUUUGUAAUAGCCCUGCUUGUUGGAAUUGGACAAUCGUAGAGAAAGGACUUUUCGCCCAA